AUGAGAGUUAAUGUGAGCAUGACCACCCAGGCGUGGGCCAGUGACAGAACCUAUAGCCCGCCCUCCCUCACCUCCCAUCAUGCCCCUCUCUGCAGACCACCUCUUUGUCUCCACCAGCCUGCAGUAGGGAGCCUCUGUUGGGCAUCACCUCUGGCUCAUUGGGCGCCCUGUCCGUCAUGGGGCUGGGGCUAUGAUGUUUCACCAGCCAAAGAGAUGCCCGGUGGGUGGAGCGAGGUGGCACAGACGAUCAGUGAUGAUGCUUGGAAAUAA